AUGUAUAUGCCUCCACGAAUGCAAUAUGGUGCUUCCGGUGACCAGAUGCAAACACACGUCCCGUACGCGCCCCCGUAUUACAACACUGCCCUCCCUCCGUAUCCAGGCGCCGUUCCUAUGUAUGGAAUGGCGUACCGGGCGCCGUUCAACACGAUCCCCACGGCCCAGCCUUUCGUACCCGCCCACGUGCCACCGCCCCCGUCGAUGAUCUACGCCUCGCAUCCCGCGCCGUCCCACGAUGCCGACGAGCCGCGUCUCCCUUCUGACAACAUGUGGUACGGCAGCCCCAGCCCCGCCCCCAGGGCUGCAUCCUACACCGCGAUCGCUGCAAAAGAAAUGAUGGUCUACCUCGACCAAGCCGCCGCCGCGCAAGGCGCAGACCACGCGAGCCGCCUGCCCCACCUCGGGCCGACGCCCGUCGCGCGCACGUACACGCACCACAUCAUCGACGCCCUCGGCGCCCCGAACGAGGCGCGCCUAAAAGACCACGCGCGCAACGUCUCGACGCUCCGCCCCUGGACGCCGCAGCGCCUGCGCGACCUCGCGUUCUGCAUCGUGUGGGAGGUCGUCACCGCGCCGCCGCACGUCCACUCCUCAAAGCUCGCAAGCCUGACGUGCUUGGUCGGCGACGCGUUCUCGACCGCCGCCGAUCCGGAGUCGUACGCGGAGCACGUCAGGCGGUAUGCGCUGGCGACGUUCAGGGGCUGGUGGAAGCGGGACCUGGCCACCUCGGUCUUCCGCGUCGAUCCCACGGCGCGUCGCGCGCAGACCGAGCGCGCGCUGAACCUCGCCAUCUACAUGGGAUACCUCUACGUAGCCGGGUACCUAAGCAGCGCGGACCUCGUCGACGCCGCGCGCACGCUCGUCGCGGGGGGCAUCACGCACUCCGAGCAGCUCGUCGCGCUGCGCGACCUCCUGGCGCAGUCCACCGCGGGCCUCUCGAGCGCGCCCGCCCACGAGCAGAGCACCAUGAGCGCCGUCAUGCGCGACGUCGCCGCCAAGGGCGCCGGCUUGCGCGAAGAGCAGAGCUUGAGGGGCGCGCCCGUCGAGAGCGCGGAGCUGCGCACGCUCGUCGAUGAUAUACUCAGCCUGGGGCGCGCGGGCCUCGGUGCAUCUUUCAAGGGCUUUUAG